AUGGAGGUGGACGCCGGGCUCCACGGCUUCCGCCUCGGCCUCACUCCCUUCGCCGACCUCACGCUGGAGGAGUUCCACGCGGGCGCCUUGGGUUCUGCCGCACCCAUCAGGGAGGGUACGUACGGGGUGGUGUACAAGGCGCUGAACAAGGGCACCAACGAGACGAUCGCGCUCAAGAAGAUCCGUCUCGAGCAGGAGGAUGAGGGUGUCCCGUCCACCGCCAUCCGCGAGAUCUCGCUCCUCAAGGAGAUGAACCACCCCAACAUCGUCAGGUUCGCGACGGACGACGAGGAUGAUGAUGCUGGUGCUCUGGACACCCAGUUGCACGAUGUUGUCCACAGUGAGAAGCGCAUAUAUCUUGUGUUCGAGUACCUGGAUCUGGACCUCGAGAAGUUCAUGGAUUCAUGUCCCGAGUUUGCAAAGAACCCCUCAAUGAUUAAGUAAUAUCUCUACCAGAUACUCCGCGUUGCUUACUGUCAUUCUCAUAGAGUUCUUCAUCGAGAUUUGAAAUCUCAGAAUCUAUUGAUAGAUCGGCGUACUAAUGCACUGAAGCUUGCAAACUUUGGUUUAGCCAGGGUAUUUGGAAUUCCUGUCCGUACAUUUACUCAUGAGGUGGUGACAUUAUGGUACAGAGCUCCAGAAAUUCUUCUGGGAGAAAGACAGUAUUCCAUGCCAGUUGAUGUAUGGUCUGUGUGAUGUAUCUUUGUAGAAAUUGGGAACCAGAAGCCACUGUUCCCCGAUGAUUCUGAGAUCGACGAACUAUUUAAGAUAUUCAGGGUACUUGGUACACCAAAUGAACAAAGUUGGCCAGGAGUCACCUCUUUGCCUGAUUUCAAGUCGGCUUUCCCGAAGUGCCAGUCUCAGGAUCUUGCAGCAGUUGUCCCAAAUCUUGAACCCACUGGUUUGGACCUUCUCUCUAAAAUGCUUCGGUACGAGCCAAGCAAAAGAAUCACAGCCAGGCAGGCUCUUGAACAUGACUACUUCAAGGACCUUGAGAUGGUACAAUGACCUGUGUUGUUCUUAGAGUUUGCAUCUGUAUGAGUUGAGGUUUGUUUCAUUCCUUUUAUGACCACCGAUCUUUCUCUGUCUCCCUCUCUGAUCUGCAUUUUUGUCUUAGAGCUGGAUAAUUUGGAAUGUGGUGUGUUUUGAGAUGCAUGUAUUGGAUAAUGUCGAAUAGAUUACCACCCUGUUUUUCUCUACAUCUCCACAGAAGUCUGAUGCUGAAUCUUUUUUAAUGCUCCCUCUAGGCUCUAGCCUAUGUAACAUUGGUCCCUUAAAUUUUAUUAUAAUCAAUUGUUUUUGUGCAACUUUUUAAGUAACAGUAAUCAUGUGAUAUUGCUCUUUGAGAAUUUUCAUAUCCAGAAGUGUGAGAAUCCUAACAACAAUGAAAUAUUUCUGAGCA